UCAUAGGUCAUUCAAGAAAAAUAAAGAUCAAAUAACCAUUGCUAAUAUUUUGUAGAAAUAGCAAAACAAAACUUUUUGAAAUUCAAGAAACCAAGAAUUCUGUUUUUUAAUCCCAAAAGGCAAAGUAUCAUAAAAGAAACACUUUUCCAAAUUAAUGGGGCGCUGGAUGAAACCAGAGGUUUACCCUCUAUUGGCUGCAAUGACCUUUGUGACAAGCAUGUGUGUCUUCCAGUUAACAAGAAACUUGCUCCAGAACCCUGAUGUUAGGAUAAGCAAAAAUGGCCGCACCAAGGGAGUGUUUGAUAACAAAGAAGAAGGAGAGAAAUAUGCUAAGCAUGGCUUGAGGAAUUUCCUUCGAACUCGACCACCAGAGGUUAUGCCAACUAUUAAUCACUUCUUUAGUGAACAGAAAUGAAGAAGUGUUACUUAUAUGUACACCAACAUAUAUUUCAAUAGAUGAAAGAAUUCAAAUCAAAGUGUUUAUUUGUAACAUAAGUUGUUUGCAUGCAUGAGAAUUUUGUCUUAUCGUGUAUUAUUAACUUUAUGGCAUCUUGUAAUUCUUGCAUCAAAUAAAGCAAUAAAAAAUAAAUCCGUUUGUAAUCUUGUUUUAUUAUAA